AUGUGUAUUAAUUUAGAAAAGGUUAUUGAACAGAACCCUAGAAUUUUAGAUUUGCGAGAAAAAUUAAAUGAAAUCAGAAAAAAGCAAGAUCUUAAAGUAGACAAAACGACUAAAAGUGUUAUUAAAUACAUAAUUACACAACAGUUUUCCGAAGACAACGAGAGCAAUGAAUCAGGACCAUAUAGUGUAUUAUUUGACCUGCAAACAGAUCCUACUACAUCUCAUAAAGGGGUCAUGGAUGCAGAUACUCAAAAGGUUAUUGAACAGAACCCUAGAAUUUUAGAUUUGCAAGAAAAAUUAAAUGAAAUCAGAAAAAAGCAAGAUCUUAAAGUAGACAAAACGACUAAAAGUGUUAUUGAAUACAUAAUUACACAACAGUUUUCCGAAGAUAACGAGAGCAAUGAAUCAGGACCAUAUAGUCUAUUAUUUGACCUGCAAACAGAUCCUACUACAUCUCAUAAAGGGGUCAUGGAUGCAGAUACUCAAAAGGUUAUUGAACAGAACCCUAGAAUUUUAGAUUUGCGAGAAAAAUUAAAUGAAAUCAGAAAAAAGCAAGAUCUUAAAGUAGACAAAACGACUAAAAGUGUUAUUAAAUACAUAAUUACACAACAGUUUUCCGAAGAUAACGAGAGCAAUGAAUCAGGACCAUAUAGUCUAUUAUUUGACCUGCAAACAGAUCCUACUACAUCUCAUAAAGGGGUCAUGGAUGCAGAUACUCAAAAGGUUAUUGAACAGAACCCUAGAAUUUUAGAUUUGCGAGAAAAAUUAAAUGAAAUCAGAAAAAAGCAAGAUCUUAAAGUAGACAAAACGACUAAAAGUGUUAUUAAAUACAUAAUUACACAACAGUUUUCCGAAGAUAACGAGAGCAAUGAAUCAGUACCAUAUAGUCUAUUAUUUGACCUGCAAACAGAUCCUACUACAUCUCAUAAAGGGGUCAUGGAUGCAGAUACUCAUUUGCGAGAAAAAUUAAAUGAAAUCAGAAAAAAGCAAGAUCUUAAAGUAGACAAAACGACAAAAAGUUUUAUUAAAUACAUAAUUACACAACAGUUUUCCGAAGAUAACGAGAGCAAUGAAUCAGGACCAUAUAGUCUAUUAUUUGACCUGCAAACAGAUCCUACUACAUCUCAUAAAGGGGUCAUGGAUGCAGAUACUCGUAAAUCUUAUAAUGAAAUAACAAGUAACCAUAAACCACAAAGCUUAAAAAAUAUCACAAACCCUGCAAAUAAAAGAAUAGAUAGGCUACCAAACGUUAUAAAUUUUGAUGACAAACCCAUGAAAGAAUUCGAAUAUUCCUGUGAAAAAGAAAUUACCAUUCCAGAUAAAAAAAACAUUUAG